AUGGGCUAUUGGCAUUCUUGCGUAAGUAUUCCGCGUGCUCCUUGUCAAACUCACGAUAACUUUUCUCUUAGUUACACACUUGCUGUUGGAAGAGCACCAUUUCACGCCUCGAAACCCGACCAAGUCCUUUUCAGGGUCGCAAAAGGCGAAUAUGCCUGGCCCAAUCUUGGAAAGCAUCAGAAUGAUGUUCCAGAUGAUCUUUGCAAGCUUGUCUCCCAAAUUCUCGUUGACGAGCAUUUACGUCCAAGCCUCGAUACUAUUGUCUCACAUGAUUUCUUCAAAGUGGGCUAUCUUCCCGACGUUCUUAGCGAGAGCGCUCUCACCUCUACACCGAAAUGGGCUGCCAAGCCACUCAGUCCAGCGGACAUCAAGCGAGGCUACACAGAGGCCUGGUAUAAACAAUGCAAAGCUAGUGGAGUGGGCGAGUACGCUCUAGGAAAGCACUUCUCUGUUGUUGGAGACUUCCCAUCAAGUAGCAUAUACCGAGAAUGCGAGCGAGAAGCCGAGUCUGGUAAGAUGCCUAUUGUUCCAAUGCCCCAAAGCGCUAUCUAUGUUCCCUUCAUUUACAAAAGGGGUAAGGGCGGGCUUGAGAACAUCAAAGAGCGCGAGGUGUCUGCCAUUUCAUCUCAGUCGAUUCAAUCUUCCAGUAGCAGCAUGUUCAUAUGCAGAGAGUACGGAGGCUGCCCGUCGCCCAGCUGUAUCAAAUCUCAAGAGAGCUGCAAGGGAUACUUCUCACAUGGUAUUUUCACACGAUCGAGGAAUCGUUGCACCUCUGAUGAGGCGCACACCAGUCUCUACAUUGAUAUAUCUACAGUCCUUGCUCGAGCACGGGAGCUCCGGGACAAUAUCAUCACCGCACUGACUUCUAGCUCCGAAUUUUCUUCUGCUUUCUGCGACUCGAGAUCUAUAAUCGAUCACCUUCCAUUUGUCUGCAAAUGGGUCGACUAUAGCAAGAAGCAUGGCAUAGGUUAUGUUCUUGCUACAGGUAGCGUCGGCAUCAUUGCAAACCAUACCGAUAAUAUGCCAAUUACGCAUACAGUUGUGGAGCACGGUUCUAAACAUUUCCAGAAGAACUGCGACGGUUCCAAGCCGAUUUCAUUUGCAUUCUUUAUGCAGGCGGACGACGGUAGUUUGGAGGAAGUUACAAUGACUGAUGCGGUCCGCAAGCAGCAUACCACCUUGUGGGCCAAAUUUGCGCGGUACCUCUGCAAGCAGAUAAAAGAACAGACCACUGGGCCUUCGAGCGAAGAGGGGGAGCGACCGACCACAAUCGUGCGGUUCUAUCAACGUCUGGGCAACGUCAGCUUUAACUUUCCCGAUCACACCAAAAUUGUCCUUUCCGCUGAUGGUACCUACGCCUCCUUCACUGUGCUACCACUCUCCGCUAUUAAAUAUAUAAAUGGCAAUGGCAAUCCAACCGACCUUCCUUUCGAAUUCAUCAUGGCCCGCGGAGUCGUCUCCGGGACUAUUAACCAGCUACUAUACGGUACUCAGCCCACCGUAAACCUAACCAACAAGUCGACCUCCUCAACUAGCGAAAUCGACGUACUAGCUUUGACAGAGGCAAACAGGUUGCCAGAUAAGCUUCGUUUCAUAAUUGAGGUAGUAGGCUAUUGGAUUUCUGGGGGCGGUCUAGGGUGCAAGCCUGUAGGAAUGAAAUGGCUGAUGUGGGAAGGCAUGACGCUGAACGAUGCGUGGGGAAGUAAGUUGGAUUGGGUUACGGUAGGAAGAUUUGGAGGUGAUAAACAAUCAAGUGAAGAGUAG